UUUGUUUGGUAAUAUUUCAGAUUAAGCCGCGUGGGCUAGUUCUGGCUGAGCGUUUUAUCCGUCUCCAAUGCAUAAAUACCAGAAUCUGCGUCAUUAUCCUUCAGAGAAAGUUUGAUACACCAUAUCAAACAUUCAUAUUAGCACUACAGUGAAUUAAAGUCUUUAAACUAUCAAAUCUAAAAGGUGUAUUUAAGGCGUGGAUCAAAAGUCGUCAAAAUAUCAGAGGUAAUUUAACUUAGUCUUAGCUAAUGUACUAUAAAAAACGACAUACUAAUAUGUAAUAUUAACAAGAUUAUUCUUUCGUCGUCGUUUUCCGUAUAGAUGUCCAUAUCAUCAAUAUCAACAGUCUGAAAGUAAGCCUUAGCAUUUUUCACUUUUUGCAUUGUUCUCGGUGCUUCCGAGGGAUCUACUUUUUAGACUAUAUUAGAUACAAUAUUGACAAAUAUUUAUUUAAACCUUUGAAAGUGCAAAAUAGUACACACCGUAUACAUGUAUAGAUAAGCACAAUAUCAAUAUGUACUAGCCCGCCCGCUUAGCUCAGUAGAGAGCGUUGGUCUACGGAUCGCAGGGUAGCGAGUUCAGUCCCUGGGCGGAGCGUUUGUUCUUCAUGACGAUUUGAUAAAUGACAUUGUGUCUGAAAUCAUUCGUCCUCCACCUCUGAUAAUUCAUGUGGGGAAGUUACUUGCGACGAACAGGUUUGUACUGGUACAGAAUCUAGGAACACUGGUCAGGUUAACUACCCGCCGUUGCAUGACUGAAAUUCUGUUGAAAAACGGCGUUAAACCCAAAACAAAUAUACAAAUAAUAUGUACUACAACUAAAAACUGAUUGUUUUUUAACAAUCAUCUUUUAAUUAGGAAUAUAUUUUUUAUGCAAAAUUAAUUUAUAUGUUCAAUAAAGUUAAAACCUUGGACACACCUUUCAAACAUUCAAGUGAUGUACACAGUGUAUUACAGAAUUACAAACUAUUCAGAUUUGCCCAAAUUGAAAAUAGAUAAAUGAAAUUGAAUCACAUAAAUGUAUUAGUAUAUUUCAUAAAUUAGUAAUUACAAAUCUCAUGAGUUUAAUAUUACAAUUUUCAAUGAUAUGUUUUUCAGAUGUUGCAAUCGUACUGCAGAAACUGUUUACUCUUUGUCGUUUGGUUAUAAUGUUGUUACACGGAACAUGCAGUGGUCCAGUCCAGAAACAGUCUAAAUCAAGCGUUGCCUUUAGUAAGGUGCACAUUUACAGACGGGCUGCAGUCACCAAUGAAUUCUUGAUGAGCCCUGAUUCUUAUACAAGCCUUAUAACCAAUGAUCAAAAGGAGAUGGUGUCUACAUAUAUUCAGCAUGGACACUAUGAGUAUGAGCUUGUAUGUCCAAAACAAGUAUCAACAGGAUCGAACGACCCUCCAAACAAGCGAUCAACAUGUCCUUGGUAUUACAGAGUAAAACAUAACCCCAAACAAUACCCGGCAAUGAUAAUGAAUGCAGAGCGUCUCUGUGAAUAUUCUAUUGGAUCAAACAAUUCAUUUGAAUGUGUCCCAAUUACUCAAAAAUUCUCUGUACUGGAGUUACAAAACUACAUGGACGACAACGAUAACUAUGUUUGGACAAAUACCAUGGUAACGGUUGUAAUUGGUUACACCUCUGCCGGAAGAAGGAGUGACUAUAGUUUUGGCACCAAGAAUUAUGUUGGUACACCUGCACCAGAGUUUGAUUAGCUUUUGAUUAGAUAUAAAAAGGUGUUGCCAGUAAAUAAAAAAAAUACCAUCAAACUAUUUAAACUGUAAAAGAUUUUAAUGAAAAUGGCGUUUCUAAUUUAAUGCGUAUAUUGAUUGCAUUUUAUACAUAUCUAGAUGUCGCAUGCGCGCGCGCAAACUCGCAACUCCGUGCAUAUUUGCCCGCACGCACACAUAUACUCUCGCGUUAUUUAUCUCACGAAUCUAAUUGUAAGCCCUUUCUAUAGCUAUACUGAAAAUUCAAAGCCACAUUUUAGUUUGUAAUAAUUAGUCUGUAAGGAAAUGUAACACAGAAAAAAAAAUCCUAAAAAAAAUUGCAUAGCACACUUUUGAGAUAUUGCAUCUGGAAUUCUGAAGUAACGUCGCCGUUACUUGGACCAUAUGCUAUUUUGUAAUACUACUGGCAUACUAGAGCAUCAUUUAAAGGUUUACUUUGAAUAUCAGUAAAGAUGAUAGAAUAAGAUUUCUAGCAAAUACUGGUAGGCUACAUUUAGCAUUUUACCAUCUUUGUCAAAAAGCGUCGUGGUGUCAAAGUUCAGAAAAUAUGUGUAAAAAUUCAGAACAAGGAUUUUCUUAUAAAAUUUAUCGGCAUUGGAGUAAAAAGGAGAUGAACACCAAACGUGUGUAUCUCAAGGUCAGAAAAAAGAAUAAAAAUCACAGAGAAUCCGUAA